GCGAGCGCAGGCAAGGGCACUUCACUCCCCAGCCUCCGCUGAAGACGCACCGCGUCUCUUUGUCGCUGCUGCGCUCGCAUGUUUCUCAGGCUCCGAGACUUCGUGCAGCUGGAGAACUGAAGUUCGGGUUUUCGGAGCUUUAGUUGUGGUAAAACGGACGUCGGCUACGCUAUGUAGUGUAGGGUAUUCAGUCGAAAACGCAAGUAUUUCUCUCGGGUAGAUUUUUUUUCCCUUCUCCAGGCUCUCCGUCGGGUCAGACGUGGAUAUACUCGAGUGCGCUUUGGCUCUCUAGAGAAGAACAUUUGUUUCCUUACAAACGAUGGGAUCAGAUAUAUGCUGAAGAUUAGCGCUGCAGCAUACAUGGUCGGAUAGACUGUUUGGAGGAAAGGAAAGCACGACGGACAGCAUCCACUGAGAGACCGCAAAUGUCUGAAAUCGGAUCAAGAAUUGUGUGGAUUUAAGCGAAGAAUACCGGGGCGACUUCGGCUUCUAACGGAUUGUUUUAAUUCCAGCACAUUAACCCUGCCAACGUUUCCCGGUUCUGUGGCGACAUCACAGCCGCACAUUGGUCAUAAAGAGUUACUUACAGCGCGUUUAAGGCACGCAUGUAGCGUUAAUAACAGCCUUAGUUUUGCUCCCUUACAGUUUCUUCUUUGCUGCUCUUCAGUUUUUUCUCUCUCCUUUUUGACGGGGAUAUUUUAAAGAUGAUUAUUUUUUAAAUGUUGACAGCGUUAUCAUAAGCUGGGUGACAGACUGACCUGAGAGUAAAUACUGUCCUGUUGAGGAUUUUUGUGUAGCUUAGUUUGUAUAAAAUUAAAGUCUGGCGUAUGCUACAGAUUGUCUUUGCUGCUCCAGCUUCCAGCUUUUCCACAGUAUCCUCUCAGGCUGCUUGGCGUUGCCUGGACUCGGAUCCCGGAAUCUUCAUGAUUUGCGGACAUCAUGCUCGUUUUUUAGCCGGGAAACCCUCUUUUCGUCCCGCAUGUUCAGGACCAAACGAUCGGGGCUCGUCCGACGACUCUGGAGGAGCCGUGCGCCCGUCGAGGGCGACGGGGAGGCGGAUCCGGGAACGCAUGGAUCCGGGGGCUGCUGUAUGGCUAAAACGCCCAAGGCUGGCCGGUCUAACCCCGGGACGGAGGCUGAACUGAAAGCACUGACCCACUCGAUACUGAAAAAAAUAAAAGAGAAACAUUUGGAGGUGCUUUUGCAGGCGGUGGAGUCGAAAGGUGGCGCGCGGAGCCCCUGUCUUCUCCUCCCGAGCAAAGUGGACACCAAAGUGGGUCAGCCGUGUUACCCUCUCCCUCUGCUGCUCUUUAAAGUGUUCCGCUGGCCGGACCUCCGCCACUCCUCGGAGUUAAAGAGGCUACCUUGCUGUGAAUCGUAUGGGAAAAUGAAUCCAGAGCUAGUUUGCUGCAACCCGCACCACAUGAGCAGGCUGUGCGAACUAGAAUCCCCUCCUCCUCCGUACUCACGCUAUCCGAUGGACUUUCUUAAACCACCCGAUUCUCCAGACUCUGUGUCUCCUUCCACUGAAACUGGGGGACUGACCCAUUCAGCCCCUGUGGGGUUCUCAGAUUCCCAAGCUCUUCAGGAGUCUGGGGAGCGGGCACACUGGUGCAUGCUGGCGUACUGGGAGGAGAAGAUCCGCGUGGGCCGCCUCUACUCCGUCCGGGAGCCGUCCCUGGACAUCUUCUACGACCUACCUCAGGGCACAGGCUUCUGCCUGGGCCAGCUCUCCUCUGGCAACCGCAGCCAGCUCGUGCAGAUGGUCCGGGCCAAGAUCGGCUACGGCAUCCAGUUGAGCCGCGAGGCGGACGGCGUGUGGGUGUACAACCGCAGCUGCUACCCCAUCUUCAUCAAGUCGGCCACGCUGGACGACCCGGCGUCGCGCACGCUGCUUGUGCACAAAGUGUUCCCGGGCUUCUCCAUCAAGGCGUUCGACUUCGAGAAGGCCAGUAGUUUGCAGAGGCCCAACGACCACGAGUUCAGCCAGCAGCCAUGCACGAGCUUCACAGUGCAGAUCAGCUUCGUCAAGGGCUGGGGUCAGUGCUACACCAGACAGUUCAUCAGCAGCUGCCCCUGCUGGCUUGAGGUUAUAUUCAAUAAUCGAUAGCGACAAGCCCCCCAGCCCUAACCCCAUGCCGCCCCCCCCCCCGAUCGCCAUGGACAUGGCCUGGCUAUGAUCUCCUUUGGACAGGUUUCUUUUUUUGUGUGUGUGUGUGCAUGAGAGAGAGAGAGAGCGAGAGAGAGAGAGAGAGAGAGAGAGAGCGAGAGUUCUCUGGAAGAUGUUUUAAGAGGAAAAAAAAGAGAAAACCCACGGUGACUUGUUUAUUAAAUGACUAAGAUUUAAUUAAGUGAAAUAAAAAUUGAAAUGUAUUUUAUGUUAUAUAUAAAUAUAUUAUUACUUGUAAAUAUGAAGACGUUUUAUAUGCAUCGUUAUUUAUGUAUUGUGCAAUGUGUUGAGAAACAGAAAAGGUGCACUUUGCUUAAUAUAAAUGCAAACAGAAAUGCCAAAAUAAAAAUAA